GUAUUGGGGCCGGUCCACGCGCCAACAUCAUCUCACCCUGGAAUUUUACCACUGGAGACCUGUCGCCAUUACACAUCAACUCGGUUCUUUCAAAAUUACAAUUUCGAGGUUUUUUUUUUUUUUUUCCCACAUAAUUCCCAGUGUUUAUUAAAAAUUUAUAUAUAGUGAAAAUUAUUUUGAUUAAUUAAAAAAAAAAAAAAUAUGAAGUGUUAUUAAAAUUUUAUAUAAUAAUUGUGUGAUAAUUUUUCUGUUUUUAUAUUAUAAAAAAUAAUGAGUUGAUAUUGUUUGAAGAUUUUUUUUUAGUGUAUUUAAAAGAGUGAGUUAUUUAUUUAUUUUUUUUUUAAACAUACCUGGGCAUUUGUAGACUGAAUUUGACACAGUGGAAUCCCCAAGUGACAGGGCAUUUUGGUGAUGUACGAUAGCGCUAGCUGUUCGUACUCGGGGGCACUCGAUUUAAAGGGUGCAACAGGAACAACAAUAUCAACAACAACAACAACUGGUGUAUCAGUAUCAACAACUGGUGUUAAACAAGAAAAUUGGCCAUAUCGUGGUCUUGCAUGUGGUAGUACAUUUCAACAAUUAAAACAAAGUGUUGAAAAAGCUAAACAAGCACUUGCUGAUCGUGGUUCUUAUUUAGCUGGUGCAUUUUCACCACCACCACGUACAAAUACAUCAGCAAUAUCACCAAAUACAACAUCAUCAAUUACUGAUGCCAGCAAUUCUUACAAGGGAGGCUGGAGUCACGCGGCUUCACCAGCGCCUGGACAAGGUUACGGCAGUGGCCUGUCCAAAUCAGCACUGGACACACACUCACAUCUCAGACAACCCGAUCCAUAUCAAAUGUUUGGUGCAACCAGUAGUCGACUUGCAAGUUCUGGCUCUGGUCAAAUACAAUUAUGGCAAUUUUUAUUGGAAUUAUUAUCAGAUUCAAGUAAUGCAGCUUGUAUUACGUGGGAAGGUACAAAUGGUGAAUUUAAGCUGACAGAUCCUGAUGAAGUUGCAAGACGUUGGGGUGAAAGAAAAUCAAAACCCAAUAUGAAUUAUGACAAAUUAUCGCGAGCUUUAAGGUACUAUUAUGACAAAAAUAUCAUGACAAAAGUACAUGGUAAAAGAUAUGCAUAUAAAUUUGAUUUUCAAGGAUUAGCAGCAGCAACACAACCAGCAGCUGCUGAUCCAGCAGCAUAUAAAUAUCAAAGUGAAUUAUUUAUGUCAGGUUAUGGUCAUGCUAAGUUAAAUUUAAUGCCACCACCAGCAGCAUCAGUAUCUGUUUCAGUACCUGGUGGUUUAUUUCAAUCAGCAUCAAGUUAUUGGUCAAGUCCUGGAGCAAAUUUAUACGCUGGACAUCAUACAGCUUCAGGUCACGUGCCACCACAUCUUGGCACUUAUCCUCAUUACGCAUGACCCACCCCUGAACAUUGGGGUGCACUUGGUACACCACGUUAAAAUACAAUUCUUAAAAUUUUAAAUUU